AUACUUCACUAUACCAACGUCUAGGAGUACGUGUUUUGAGUGUUAGAUCCCCUGCAUACCAUUGAAGCGUUGGCCCACUCGAUUAGGCUGAAGCUCUAUUUAUCUAUAUCUAUAGCCACCAUGGUGAGGUAGAUCCUCGCUUACUGAGGAAACAUUCACCAAUGGAUUGAGCGCAUAUAGUCACACACUUACAAGUUCGAUGUCAAGAUGACCUGCAGUGGUUGUUCUGGUGCGGUUGAUCGCGUCCUCAAGAAGACUGAGGGCAUCGCCUCGUAUGAUAUUAGUCUUGAGAAGCAAGAGGUCAUUGUCAAGGGCACGAUUCCCUACGAUGCGCUGUUAGAGAAGAUCAAGAAGACCGGCAAGGAAGUCCGCUCUGGCGAGACUUUGGAGUAGAAUGCCUCGAGAAUCACAUCAUGCAUACCCCUUGUACGAUAGCAUUGUAACAACUUUUGGGAUUCAAAGACUCUGGAUAUUUCUGAUGUUUGAGCUGCGUCCUACACUACGUUCCAUGUAACUGUCAGAGGGAUUUGACGUUCAGACGUUCUUUGAUAGUUCUAUGACUGGAAUCCGCUUGGUCGCACUGUUCUGUGCUUUAGACUCCGCGCGUCUGUCCCUGCGAGUGAGUGCCGUAGCGGGUUUGCAUGUCCGCCGUGUCCACGCCGUGCAUUCCUCUUCGGUAGAUAUGGUUUUCCAACAUGUUUGUCCCCUUUCGUCCAUAUUUUCCUUUCGCUUCAGGCCUCUGCCUUUCUUACUAAGUCUGUCAUCGUUCACUGAACGGGCGAUACAUUUCAAAUCGAUUUCGGAGUCGCGUCGAGGGCUUGCCCAGAUCAGCCACAGUAUCAUCUUUGCAGUGUCUAUAUCUUCCCGGUAGGAGAUAGGGCUGGUCCUGUUUCUCAAGUUGCAGGCAUCACUACCGUCCACGUCUUCGAUGUCUGGUCUCUCUCCGAAUCCACCAACGCCUAUACUUCUAAACGAUCUCCAAUGGUUAACAGCGUACCUGACGGUUCACUCUCUCAGCGAUGCAAGCAAAGUUUACUCCUAUAUCCUUUGGAUUGCCAUAGGAGUCAUCCUGCUUGUCUAUAGCAUUGUGCACAGACUUGGGUUGAAGGGUGGAUAUAUUGGCGCGUUAUGGAGCAAAUGGGCUUUGCGGAGGAGAACGUGGCGCAAGAAACAUGCUUUAGCCAUGGCUGUCAAGAAAAGGGAACCGCAUAAACAGCCCAAAUCGUUGCCUUCUAACGCACAAAUUCUCUCGUUGACUGCGCUUGUUGUCGGUAGUCUGGCGCUAGCGUACAUUGGGCCCGACUACCUCGCGCCAGGAACACAGAUAUGGAACGUUGGGAAGGCUCCUUCUGCCAAACGUGCUACUACUUAUGACCCCGCGCUUUUCCUCCCUUUCCAGGCCAAGUAUACUAUCCCAAAGGCAUGGUGGAGUACCGCCGCCCGCACGGGACAGAUUGCCUUCGCGCUGUUUCCCCUGUGCAUCCUAUUGGCCUUGAAAACUCCUCCCUUCGCCGUCUUUUCCAUCUCGUUCCUGACGGAUAUACACUUUGACAAGCUGUCGUUCUUGCACCGGUGGUGUGGAAUGUUAAUCUGGUUUAUUACCACACUUCAUGUUAUUUCAUGGAGUGUUCAGCUGAGUCAAGAUCAGCGUAAAGGACGUGUAUUGUACACCUAUGCCUGGCAAUAUCAAAAGUUCAUAUUCGGUUGGACAGCCUACGGUAUCUUGACCCUGAUUAUGAUCUGCUCAAUACCGCCCAUCCGAAAGCGUCAUUAUGAGAUGUUCUAUUUUCUACAUAUCCUCUUGAUCCCACCAACACUUGUCCUUGCUGCGUUACAUCAUCCGCCUGUUUGGUGGUGGUGUUGGGGUGCUCUUGCCGGGUGGGCAGCAGAACGCUUGUAUCGGUUUUUCUGGUUCCUCCACACAAAUGGUGCAUUUGGUGGUGUGCAAUAUUCGCAAAAACCUGCGAAACUCCAAAAGAAAUCAUCAUUCAAAAGAUCGAAAUCACAAAGCGAGGUCCUUCAAAUGCACACCCUGAACGUAGGAGACGCCAAUAGCGGUCACGACCCUGCACAGAAACAAUCUAUCCCUUAUCCGUCCGCAUCUUCAGUUCACAGGAUUGUCAUUCACGAUGAAGGCUAUGUACCUCCGCCAGGAUUCGUCCACGCCGAAUUGUUACCUGGCCGCACUGUACGCCUGCGUAUAGUUCCUCGAGGGUUCGUAUCGUGGGCACCGGGUCAGCACUUCCUUAUCAACAUUCCAGCGGUGGCCUGGUGCACAACGCAUCCCUUCACUGCAGCUUCCAUUUGUGAUGCGGCUACUACUACAGAUGCAGGCCGUGAGAUUCUUUUCCUCGUUCGUGCAAAAAAGGGUUGGACGAAACACCUAUGGGACACCGUCGCGAUCAUGGGAGCCCAUAAUCACAAACUUCCGCUCGGAGAAAGCAUACCUGCUAAUGCAAGGCUGCCACCUCGCGGUGUUCUGAUGCGUGGAUUCGUGGAUGGACCAUUCGGUUCUUCGACUAGAGCGUCUUGGGGAACAUACCCAUCGGUCCUUCUCGUGGCUGGUGGAUCAGGCGUCAGCUUCACGUUGUCCGUUUUGCAAUAUCUAUGUCUUUGUAUUGCUGGAAGAGAUGGCAGAGAAUUGGGUGCUAGGUCCGGGGGCUGGGGUAAACCCAAUUUCAAAACCACUCGUGUGAGGUUUGUAUGGCUGAUUAGAGAAUUUGGUCAUAUCCAAUGGUGUGCUUCGGCCCUGCGGAAAUGUUUGGCGAUUCUCCCCUCCCCCGAGCUUCAAAUAGAUAUAUUUGUAACCAAUAUGAAGCCCGCGCAGCGUAUUCCCCGUAGUCCGCAAGUUCUUGACCAGAAAAUUCAGGACAUCGACGACGAAGGCGAGUUAGAACCUCCGUCGCCACAAUUCGCUCGAGAAAGUCAAUAUGGACGCCCUGACAAGCACCGUUCGCGUAGUCCAUCCGUUAGCUCGAUUGAGAGUGAGGAUUCUGUGCACAAUGAUGUUGAUCUCAGCUAUUACGAAGGAGGGUACAAUGAACAGGAGGAUGGAGAACUUGGCCACGAGGAGCAUGCUCUGGACUUGACCAACUUCGAUGGAGACGAUGAUACCGAGUUACCUGGAGAAGCCCAGCUCAACCUUUCGGUGAAGCAAGAGGGUAAACGAAGACGAUCAUACUUGCGAAGAGCCUCUGUAGCCUUUGUCGCAAAGCAGGACUUAGACAAGCGCAGUACAGCGAUUUAUGAAUAUUCACAUAGUCCUUCUGCUGUACACCUCCUCGAUCCUCCAAGACCUACUUCGCUCCCACCACCUUCUCUGCAGCCUAUCACCGAGCACAUACGUCUUGGAAGUUCGUCAAGAAUAUCCCGAGAUAUGGACUAUCUGCGUAGCCCAGGUAGUUCAACGGAUGUGCAAACGCCAACCAGCGCAGUCGGCCUUUUGGCCAACGAUCGACAUCCUUCCCUACCUUACUCGAGUGCAUGGUCACCUCCAUCACCACAAGAGUCUCCUCAACUCUCACAUCUAGGAAGCGCAACAUUUACUCACCCAUUAGCAAAUCGCCCCACUUCUAUGCUCUCCGCAGUGACGACAGCCUGGUCAGAUAGUCAUAGUCUUGCUGCGUUGGUGUCUCAGGCUAGUUUGAAGGACCAGAUUCGACUUGAGUUGGAUGAUGGGGAACUUGCAGAUAUCGGUGUAGUCGCUGAACGUGCUCGUCCUGGCAAGCCAAGGCUGGAUCGCAUCCUCGCUGAUGAAGUACAGAGGAGCCAAGGUGCGGUGGUUGUUGGCUGUUGUGGUCCCACUUCCCUGAAUGCAUUAAUGCGGAAGAGCAUUGCUGCUCAGAUAGAUCCUGCUCGUAUACGUCGAGGCGACAUGCGGGGGCAUAUCGCACUCGUUGCAGAGGACUUUGAAUAUUGAUGAUAUACCCGAUGAAAACGGACUUUUGCUAUCAUUGCUACAACUCUGACGGUCGUUUUGUUUCCAUUCGCAUCGCUACUACUGUAUCGAACUUCAUUCACGGACUUGGCAUUACUUUUAACACCUUACACCAACCUUACACCCAUACUGUAGAAGUAGCUUCUUAGUAUACGCAACCCGGCUCUGAAACGGGCUUAUGGGUAAUUCUAGCAGGACUGCAUUUUUACCUACUCUACCUCGGGAGGACUAGCAACAUGCGUAUAUAAGUAACAGAAACCGUCCAAGCCUAUGCGACGAAUGGAUAACAUGAGUACACUAC